AUGGUUCGGGACAUCUUCGAUGAAAAGUCUAUACGAAGUCUGGUGGGAGGCAUGGGGGUAGGCCAUGGUGAAUAUUCGGAACGCUUUCAAGUUUGUUCUUCUGUGUCUCAGCUCCCUAAAACAGUUCGCUACCCAACUGCUGGUAGCUUUAACCAUGCUGAGGCUCAACCAUUCUACGUCAACUCUCCCUAUGGCAUCGUUUUCGCACAUAACGGAAAUUUAAUCAAUACGUCCUCCUUGUUGAGGUUUAUGGAUGCCACUGCCCACCGUCAUAUAAACACGUCUUCAGAUUCCGAGUUGCUGCUCAACAUUUUCGCAGACAAUUUGCAGAAGACUGGAAAGUUCCGCAUCAAUGAAGAAGACAUCUUCACUGCUAUCGGUAACUUGAUGGUCCAGUCCAGAGGUGCAUAUGCCUGUGUCGCGAUGCUAGCUGGUUUUGGUAUCAUUGCUUUCAGAGAUCCCAAUGGAAUUCGACCAGUUGGUAUGGCGUCUAAAAAGUCGGCGGGAGGCUAUGAUUAUUUGUUCGCUAGUGAGAGUGUUGUGGCGGAUGCUGGUGGAUUCAGUGACUGGGAUGAUGUCAAACCAGGUGAAGCCAUCAUCAUAACUAGGGACAGGGUGUCAAGACGGCAGGUUGCUGAACCGGCAACCUUUGCGCCUGACAUUUUCGAAUACGUUUACUUUGCACGACCAGACUCGGUUCUCGACGGUAUUAGCGUGUACAGGAGCCGCAUGGCCAUGGGUGAUGCCUUGGCGGAUGAAGUUCAGAGGGUCCUGAAGGAGAAUAAACUUUCGGUGGACGUGGUGAUACCUGUUCCAGAUACUUCGCGGGUUGCCGCUUUGAAUCUCGCACAAAAACUCAAGUUACCCUAUCGCGAAGGUUUCGUCAAGAACCGUUAUGUUGGGCGAACAUUCAUUAUGCCUGGGCAACAGAUGCGCAAGAAGAAUGUCCGCCGGAAACUUAAUGCUAUGGCGCUAGAGUUCUCUGGAAAGAACGUUCUCAUCGUAGAUGAUUCGAUCGUACGUGGCACAACAUCGAAGGAGAUCGUCCAGAUGGCCAAGGAUGUGGGGGCGAAGAACGUGAUAGUCGCUAGUUGCGCUCCACCUCUACGAUUCCCCAAUGUCUACGGUAUCGACAUGCCGUCACGAGCCGAACUCGUUGCUCACGGAAGAGACGAUAAGUCGAUAGCCUCUGCAAUUGGAGCUGAUCUGGUCAUUUUCCAGACUCUUCCGGAUCUUGUCGAGUCUGUUCGCCAGCUCAACAAGAACAUCGAAUCGUUUGACUGCUCCGUAUUCACCGGAGAAUAUGUGACUGGGGGUGUUGAUGAGGAGUAUAUGGCCCACCUAGAGAGUCUGCGCGCCGACAACGUGAAGACCAAGAUGAAGAAUAUGGCGAGAGAUUGUGAGAGUGAUGUGGAAUCGGCAGAUUCUGCCAGUACUCUAGUAAACGGUCAAGUUGCUGGAAGCGGGCCGGUCAACGGUCCCGAUGAAACUGUUGGCCUGCAUAAUUCAUGGCACUCCUAA